GUUUCUUGGUGCUGCUGGUGUAUUAUACAUGCUUACAUCUGCAUGUGCUGGUGAGAUGUGCUUGCGUUGGAAAUUCUCCUUCAUUCUCUCUAUUCCCCACUUUUCUUUAGCAAUUUACCCUUCACGGAUCUUUUCAAGCAUUUUUUGGUAUAUGAUCUCUUAUGCCUUUGGGUUCAUAUUAUAGUGAUAUUAUCAUUAUUGGUGGUGAGAACUGGUUUUGUUUGCCUUCGCAUUUGUACUGUACAGGUUAUGGAAGUGAAUGAAUUCCUUCAUUUGGUUUCUUCAAUUAUGUUGUCUGAAUCACAGAUGACGUAUCAGGAAUUUUGAGUCUUGGGUUAAUGGGGUGACUAUAGAAAUGAUGACUUUGUCAUGAGCAUUUAUGUCAGGAUUUAUUAACAUGAUAUGCCGCUGUUAUGGAUUGGUAUAUGCCAACUUUCAUAUAGGAAGAAGAAAGAAUGUGACACCAAAAAUCCUGUUAAUUGGAAGAAUUGCAUAGGCUUUAUUCAACUAGAACGUGGCCUUUAGAUCAAGCUCGUCCAUCUACUGGGACUGGGUGCCUUUUUGGUAUGAAAUGUCCUAGCAGUUAUGCUGAGGAUGUUGUUGCAAUAACUCUGUCACAUUCCAAUGUUUGGUGAAGCAAAAUGUUGGUGUUGAGUGUUACUGGCAAUCUAGGGAAUGAUGUGGCACUUACCAUAUUUUAUUGUUAUAGUUCUAAAUGGGCUCUGGGGUGCUGAGAUAAGAUUCUUGUAAACCUUGAUACUAUUUGCCCCAGUGACUUGUAAAUGCCUAGUCAAAUUCGUCUCAUUCUUAGUUUUGAAUUUGACAUUAUGUUUCCUGUUGUGGUGAUCUUACUUCGUGGGGCUGUAUAAUGAGUGUAACAGUGCAGUAACAGUAUUCAUAUAAAGAAUUCACUGUAAAUUGGUAUGCACUAUGGACACUGCAAUGUUGGACCAAUAGUGUAUAUGAUUGAUGAAGACUACUGUUCAAUGUUCAUUUGCCUUGAAUUGAUAUUAACUGUCUUUAAUGCUGGUGAUGAUUGUUAUUCUGCCGAAGGUUGGUUUUUGCAAUAGUACACCUACUCAUUACUGGGAGUCGUGUAGUGCUGGAUGAUGCUUUAUUUGGAUAUGAACCUGUAGGUUUGCUGACAGAGAAGCUGUUUGAUUACCACAAAUUGGUUAUCUUCUCCCAUGGUCCUAAAUUGGAUACUAGUGCCAUGAGUAUCGAUAGCAUAGCCAGAAUGCAGGACUUUCUCCCUUUUGCAUUAGCUAGUUUGAGAGCUGGAAAAAAUCUUCUUAGUUUGAACUUAUUCUUCCUAAUUUUAAAUUGCCGUCCCUUGUUGGGGACAAUGGACCUUCUUAAGACAGGCUUCGUUCACUUUUUAUACAAUUAUACUCAACUCUCCUGUCUCUGGUUUGUGAAGAGAGUUUAUUGCAAUUGGAUAUUGGGAUGUGCUUUGAUUGUUGAUAUUCCGGUAAAAGGCAAUUUUUUUUAUAUGGAAAGUCAUUGCAUUAACUUUGAACUUUUUCUUUUAAAUAUUCUUAUUCCUAUUUAAUGCAAAGCCAAUAAGCCACGUGAUUAUAGUUUCAAAUAUGAACAGAUUCAGGAAUACGCUUGAUAAAAAGGCAAUAUUAUUUACGGUGCUAUUUAAUUUAACACCGAAAACCUAUGUUUUGAAAGCAUAAGUAUUGUUGUUAUAUUCAGCUAAUUGUUUGUCUUGAUAUUCGUUUUUUUUUUCUGUAAGGGUAUUAUUUAGUAUUUGGAUUAUAGUGAAAUCUGAAACUAAACCUGAAGCUUAAUGUUUCCUCAUAAUUGAAAACCAAAGUGAAAUCUGUAUUUUUUUUCUGACAACUACUGGUUCUAAUUAUUUAAUAUAUUUUAUAUUUGGAUUCUAUCAGUGCCAACGCCAGUUUUUAGCAGAUGUUGUUGGCUUUAACACUCUAGUUUGUUAAAGAAUUGCUUCAUAACUUUUUUGGAAAAAAUUCUGCACAUAUAGCGACGACGUCUUUUUAAUUGUGUACACUUUAGACAUUGCCAAUAUCUGAAGACAUGUAAGAUAUGGAUUGUCAGGGGCAUGCCCUUUGCACAGUGCUGAUUUGAUUCUAUAUAAGUUAAUUAAUGUUUUUAAUAUUCUUGACUGGUUUUAAUCUGUUCCCUUUUUUUCUUAAAUGAAACGGUAACUCAUUGAAAGUAUGCCUCUUCCUUCUUAUUUUGGCUUUAAAUUAUUAGAGCUAGGAUAAUAUGGAUUUCUAUUUUCUUUACUAUUUAUAUUUGCCUGGUCUCAACCAUUGGGAAUGGUUCUUUCUGCUCUCCCAUAUUCUCACUAAUUAUGUUACAAUUUUGUGAUUAGGAGAUUAAAAGAUAAUGAUUUUGGAAAAAAUGGUGCUGGUUCUUAAACUAUUUCUGAUAUAUAAAAAACACAUCAUUUCCUUGUAGUAAAAACUGCAGUCUAGUUUUGACAUUUGUCUCUCUUUUUUUCCCCAGACUCUUGUGCUCUUUAUAAGAUAAACAGGGUGAACUUUUUUUUUUUUUUUUUUUAACAAUGCUCGUGUCCUUUAAAUUUUCUGUAAGAUAUACAUCGCUUUUAUUAAACAUUUCAUUUUUGUUGUUUAUCCAAAGUUUGCUUCAAGAUGCCUUUUCGAUUUUCGUUUUUCCAUUUCCCCCCUUUAUAAAACCAUAUAGUCAUUGUAGUUCAAAUACUCUGCUUUUUUAGUUAAUACACUGUAUUUACAUAAAUUAUUUGUGUUUAGUUGGUCUUGUCUUGACUACUGAUACUUAUUAGAAGGCAAAUAUAGGAGUCUCUCACUUUUGUGCCUGAUUGUGCACAUAGUUGAUUAUCUUUUUCAAGUGCAGGAAAAGAAUAGAAAUGCUAACAUUUGCUGAGUGAUCCUUUGUAAACAUUGCCAGGUAAGUCUUUUGCUUGAGUUAUCCUACUUCCAAUCGCUCCUCUUUUUAAGUCAUAUCUGAACUCUUGCUGCUACGCAUGAUAAGCUAGAGUGAGGAACCAUCAUCCAUCUAAUUUAAAUGCCAGCUGUCAUUUUUUCUCCCUUGUGUAUGUACACUACUUCCUUUUUCCCUCAUCUAUAUUUUUCUUGUGUCAAUGAAGAGAGGCAUCCUAUGAGUUUGGUUUCAAGUGAUUGGACUUAUUGGGGCUCAUGGUAUUUGUUACGGCUAAGGAGUAUAUGAGUGGCAACUGUGUAGUAUUUUACAGGCUAGUUUCUGCCAUUUUAUGGGGAAUUCCCAAGCCUUGAUGAUCUGAAGCAUAUAUUUCCUCCUCCCCUUCAGAAAUAAUUGCCAGUGGCGAUUCUCCUCAUUUGGCCAAAUUGUAUUGUGGCUGGUAGUCAUGCUUCUCUUUUUUUGCAUGCCUGUUCAUGGUGUUCUAAUUCACCUGGGCUGUGGCCUUCAUCUAUCAUGCAAUUUUGGUGGUAAUUGGAACACUAACAUAGAUAGUAUAGCUCAUUCUCUGGACAUGGAGUUUCAAGCUAGGUGGUCUUCUGUAGGCCUAGAUCCUUUUGCCCUGUAAAGGAUUGAAUGGAAAAUGAUGUAAACUGAUGAAUAAUAUAUCAAUAGUCUAAGAAAUUUUUCUAUUGACUAGACAUGUGGAAGUGCCAGUGGUGCUUGUAUAUGCUGUUGAGUUAUUUGCUGGUCUAACUUAACCAUACUGUCUAUUUUGACUCCUGAGAUUGCUAGUGAGUCAUGGGGCAUAGACAUUUAUAUAGCUCAUCUCCAAUGUUUGAGGGUGAACCUGACCAGAACUGGAAUCAUAUGCAUAUGGAUCAACAAUAUGUGAACCUUGGUAGGAGUAGCACUUCAGACAAUGGUUCUUUUAUUUAUCCUUCGGAAAAUAUGUCCAUAGAUAACAUUUCUUUUCCAUCUCAUUGGAACACUGCACCAAGGUCAAACGGAUAUGCAUCCACAAGUCUCAACAUUGAAGCACCGCCUCAUCAAACAGAUGUAUCAGGCACUUCUCAUGAUCAUUUUUUGCCUUCACCAAGUGCUGGAAUGUUUUAUGCGAUGCCUGAAAAUUAUGUACACCAGCCUUCUAAUUCUAAUUAUGACAGACAAGCAUUUUCUGCUGCUGAUGGGGUUUUUAAUGAUCUUACAAUGGGAAAUGGACGAGGGCCUCAAAAGCGAAAGAGCCCUGGAAUUCCUCCUGUCUGUGAAAGAGGCAGUACAAGCAGAUAUUUCAAUGCUGCAAGUGCAGCUGAUCGUCCUACAUCUUCAGAAUUGUGGCCAGAGAAGCCCAAUAUGGAUUCUCUAUAUAUGCCUUGGGAUCAUGUUAAUAUGACACCCACAUUUAGAGGUAGAGGCCUUUCUAUACGGGGCGAGGGUCCUUUAAGGAAUGUGAGGAGCCGUUCUGCACUUGAUUUGGAAUCCAACCUGGCUAGGGCCCAUUUAUCAAAUACUCAUCCACACAACUCAUACUCUACUGGUCUACCAGUUGACCAUUCUUCUAGCGUGGUCGAUCUGUCAACUCAAACUUCUGGCACUUUGACACGGGAUUGGAGCCCAAUGAGUUCAUGUCCUCCUCAUGGAAGGGUGUCAUCAUCAGAUGCAAAUGCUUUUAAUCACGAGGCAAGUCAUUUCCUUAAUGGAAGUGGUUCUAGUAAUGCUCCUGUAGAUGUUGGAGGUUUUCAUAAUGAAUUUGGAACUAGCAGAAAUCCUACUGCUCCUCAAAGUUUUCGUAAUAAUCUGACUCAAACUGCAAGAGGAGUUCGCAGUAACUACUCUCAAAGAUCCACUCCAACUUUUAGGGCUUCUUCAAGCUUGCAUUUGGGACGUGUGAUACCUUCUGAUGAUGGAUUGCAUAUGGUGGCUGAAAGUUACUCUUCUAGACAUCCAAGGCCAUUGACCACUGUUGGCUGGCAGAGCAAUGAUAGACAUGGAAGGUCAAGAAUACCUAGUGAUAGAUAUCGAUCAUUGGCUGAUGAGGUUGGUCUCAAUGAACGAUUUAACUCUGAGGGUUUCAUGAUUGUUGAUCGCACUUCACUGAAUGGAUCUAGGAAUAUGCUUGAUCAGCAUAGAGACAUGAGGAUGGACAUAGACAACAUGAGUUAUGAGGAACUACUUGCACUUGGAGAGAGAAUAGGCCAUGUGAGCACAGGAUUGUCUGAGGAUUUGAUUUCCAAGUAUUUGACAGAAACAAUAUACUGUUCAUCUGAGCAAAGUCAAGAAGAAGAAACUUGUGCAAUCUGUCUGGAAGAAUACAAGAACAUGGACGAUGUUGGGACGCUGAAAGCUUGUGGACAUGAUUACCAUGUGGGUUGCAUAAGAAAGUGGUUGUCUAUGAAGAAAGUUUGUCCUAUCUGCAAAGUUUCUGCGUUGUCAGAGGCUAACAAGGACAAAUAAACAAUUUAUUCAUUAUACUUUAGUUUGACGUAUAUCAUAUCAUUCUUGUACAUAUAUUUGGAUAUUCCUUGAAGUGGAGAAAACAGACUUCCAUUUGGAUAUGUUGUAAUAGGAAAAUGUUACUCUAUCUAUAUUGUCAAUGGAUUCGUUGGCUUUGGCUUCACUCUUAAUUUCGUGAAGCCUUUGAAAUGAAAUUAUCGUACUUCCAUGUUUGAUUUAA